GAUUUGCGAUGUAGGUAAAUCACGUACAUACAGAAAGGUUCACACUGCUCCGACGUGGCUGCAAGGCCAAUCUUGAAGCAAAACGGCAUCGUCGCAGUACUCGUCAUCCUCCCUGCCUGUUGUGGCGAGCGAGCCAUUCAAAUUCUUUCGAGAGAUGGAGGAUGGAUGCUGUACUCAAGACGUUGAUUCCUGCCCCUUUAGCGACCGCCGCCCCCAGAUGCUACUUGUUCACCUUGUUGAAUACCAGUCAAGAGUAGCAUUUCGAGCCUUGCAACUUGAUCAUGAGCAGCCAUACGCUCCGGGAUUGACUGGGCGCAGAGUCACGAGCUGCAAAUCACCAGCCAAGUCGAUGGCCAAACCAAACGCACUCUUGACUGUGGUUCAAGACUCGCGGAGUGCAGUGCACGCGCCGAUCACGUCGUCGGACGUACAGUGCCGCAUACAACAUCCAAACACUAAAGGUAUCGGUCGGUGUUCGAGUGUCGCAACCCUGCAUCGGGUGAUGGUGUCAGCAGCUGAUGUGUGCUGCAUGGAGAGCGCACGAGCAGUCUUGUCAGCCUUUUCUGCUGCACGAGGUCGCGCAUGCUGCUGCAGCCAGCACUUCAGCAGCAGCAGCAGCAGCAUCAUCAUCAUCAGCAGCAGCAGAUGGCUACAAGCGCACGCUCACCAUCACCAGCACCCUCGCAGCUUGCGCAAGUCACCUUCAAGAUGAAAUCACGAAUGAGUCACGGAGUGCUGCACGCAAGAUGGUGUGUGUGUGUGUGUUGCCCUGCCGGUCCCUGCCGUUUCGAGCUCACACGAAUCUGACAGCGCAUGCUGCGAUGACCUGCUUUAGUAGGAGUGUGCGUGAAGCGUUGUUGGUGAUCACCACGACUAAUGAAAUGCCGAUACAGC